AUGCCGCUUCCCUUUAUAAAGGUUGCACUGAAGAAACCUUGGGACCAUUUUUGUCAAUUGGUUGUCAAGAAGAUCACUCAAACGAUGCAAAGGUCUUACUCUGCACCUCUGGUUCUCUUGUUCAUGAAACCAGUAGCACUCCGUCAGUUCUAG